UAUAUAAGGACGUACGUAGACCGCCGCUUCGGACGGUCUUGACAAGUCGUCGCCGACCAUCUGUCUGCGGCCUCACCUGGACUCUGCCUCGUCUUCCCGUUUUCGCGCUGAUCCUUUGGGGGAGAAUCGCGCAUUACCGUAAUCCGCGAGGUGCUCCAUUAAUCAAGAUGCUGCACAGAUUCGCGGUACUCGCGAUUUUCGCGGUGGCGGCUGUGUCCGCCAAAAGUUACGCACGAGUGUUCACAAUGUGCAUCCCAGAGAAAUACUCGAAAGAAUGCGCGGAAAUGAUGAAAGAUUCGGAGAGCAAAGGUUUUCCGAUAUCGUGCAUUUCUGGACGCGAUCGAUAUGACUGCAUUGAAAGGGUGGGCAGGAAGGAAGCAGAUAUCGUUGCUGUAGAUCCGGAAGAUAUGUACCUCGCGGCGAAGAAUAAAUUGGCUGAAAAAGCCGGAUACAACGUCAUCGAGCAGGUGAGGACGAAGGAGGAACCUGACGCGAUAUAUCGUUACGAGGCGGUAGCCGUGAUACACAAGGACCUGAACAUUAACAACGUUCAGGGCUUGAAGGGUCUCAAGUCCUGCCACACUGGCGUGGGCCGUAAUGUCGGCUACAAAAUUCCCAUCACGAAGUUGACCGCGAUGGGCGUGCUGACCGACAUCAACAACCCGGAAUAUUCCGCUCGCGAGAAUGAGCUUCGCGCGCUAAGCACGCUCUUCGACAAAGGCUGCUUGGUGGGCAAAUGGUCACCCGAUCCUACCAUCAAUCAGAGGCUCAAGGAGACAUACAGCAACAUGUGUGCACUUUGCGAGAAACCAGACGUAUGUGAUUAUCCGGACAUAUACUCCGGAUACGAAGGAGCUCUACGAUGUCUGGCGCACAACGGCGGCGAGGUCGCCUGGACGAAAGUCAUCUACGUGAAGCGUUUCUUCGGUCUGCCCGUCGGAGUUACUCAGCCAGUGCCGACAUCCGAAAACCCGGCUGACUUCCGAUACUUCUGCCCGGACGGUAGCAAAGUGCCUAUCGACGCGAAUACGAAACCGUGCACGUGGGCCGCCCGACCGUGGCAGGGAUACAUGACCAACGGAGCUGACACCAACAACGCGGAAGCUAUUCAAAGAGAAUUGACACAGCUAGGUCAGAUUGGCGAAAACGAAAAGGCAGAUUGGUGGAAAGAUAUCUUGCUACUCGAUGACAAGACUCUGGCUGUCGCCGCAUCGCCAGUAUCGCCUGAAGAGCACUUGCUGAGCGCGAAAUACAUGGAUGUGAUCGAGAGGAAUUCCGGAGCGCCGGAGAGGGACGCUCGCUGGUGCGUUUGGGACGAGAAUGCGCUGAACAAGUGUCGCAGCCUCGCUAGAGCCGCGUUCUCCAGAGACGCCAGACCCAGAUUUGAUUGCAUACUGGAGAAAGACGAGGCUGCCUGCUUGAAGGCUGUCAGAGAUAACGGAGCGGACAUCACAGUGAUCGACGGCAGUUCGGUAAAACGCGCGAUCAACGAUUACAAUGUGAAACCGAUCGUUGCCGAAACUUACGGUGAGGGAUCAACGAAAUUCAAUGAGCGACCAGCAAUCGCUGUUAUCAAGAGCGGCUCCUCCAUAAAUGGAUUGGGCGACCUCAAAGACAAGCCGUCUUGUCACAGCGGUUACAUAGGCGACUUCGCUGGUUACCACGCACCGGCUCGCGCACUCAAGCACAACGGACUUAUUAACGAGCUUAACGAGAUAGAUACCUUCUUCUCCAAGUCUUGCGCACCUGGCGCACCUCUCACCUCGAAAUCCUGUCAACUGUGUGUCGGCAAUAUCAAGAUCGACGACGAUCAGGCGAAAGAAGCGACGAGAUGCAGACCUACGAACGCCGAAUAUUACAACGGCGGAAAAGGAGCACUCAGAUGUUUGAAGGAUGGCAAGGGAGACGUUGCGUUCCUACCAUUGACGGCUUUGCAGCAGCUCGAUUGUAUUCUAGAUAAAGAGAAGGACGCUGGCAAACGCGAAGAUUACACCUUGCUCUGCCCGAAUGGCGGUCAGGCCCCUAUCAACGAAUGGGAACGUUGUAAUUUAGGUUUGGAGCCACCAAGAAUAAUUGUUAGCUCGGCCGCGAAGGGCCCGAACGCUCUCGAAGAAUUGAAACAUGGCAUUUUGGCUGCGAGUUCCUUGUACUCCAAGAAUCCGGAUCUGCUACGUCUCUUCGGUGCCUGGGGCGACAAGCCCAACGUAUUAUUCAAGGAUGACGUGAAGGAACUGACGUCCAUUGACAGCACUUGGGACAAGUGGGACACUUGGGCAGAUAUUUAAAAGAACUAUAUCAUUCAUCGAAACUUGAGACGAUCAAGAAUCGAACUCCACCUGAUAGCCCUUAAUUGAUCAUUAUAGUAUAUGUGAUAUUACCACUCUGUUGCCGUUGCUAAAAAAAUUAUUGCUAUUAAGUCAUAUAUCAAUAAUAACCCGAGAGGACUGUUAGAUAAAUAAAGUACUGUCGAUAAUGUUUACUCGCUUGUGUUUACACACUGACAAAUAGCAUAUAUUUUGCCGCGAUAGAGAUUACACGCAUUUCAGUCUCACGACCACCAAUCUUUUAAGGAGUCAACGCCGAGCGUGGACUUAAACGCUUGCUUCUUUGAACUUUCAAUAAUAAAAGUAUAUAUUUUUCCGAG